AUGCCGCUCGUUUUCUGUCCUAAUUGUAGCAAUGCUCUGACCAUCUCCCGCGCGGACUCCACGACCCAGUACCCGAUGGGUGUGAAUCGCUUUGAAUGUCGCACUUGCCCGUACGAAGACAUCAUCGGAGACCGAUCAUACUACGAGAGGACGGAGAUGAAGCAGAAGGAGGUUGAGGAUGUCUUUGGCGGGGCCAAUGAAUUCGCCAAUGCCGACAGUGUCGCGACUCAAUGUCCCGCGGAGAAUUGCAACGGCGAUCGCGCAUAUUUCUUCCAGCUGCAGAUUCGCAGUGCCGACGAGCCGAUGACCACGUUCUUAAAGGUUGGUCAUCCCCCUUACAUCCUGCUCCUUCCCGCUUGCAUCGAACAGAGCAUGACUGACGGGCGGGGGGAACAGUGCACCAGCUGUGGUGCUCGGUGGAGAGAGAAUUGA